AUGCCACGCUCCUUCUUGGUGGACUCGCUGGUGCUGCGGGAGGCGGGAGAGAAGAAAGGGGAGGGCAGCCCCCCGCCGCCGCUCUUCCCCUACGCCGUGCACCCCUCGCACCCUCUUCCCGGUCUGCCGGCAGGCGCUUGCCACGCUCGUAAGGCCGGGCUGCUCUGCGUUUGCCCGCUCUGUGUCACCGCCUCACAGCUGCACCCGCCGCCGCCUGCCAUUCCCCUCAUCAAAGCCUCCUUCCCUACUUUCGGCUCUCAGUACUGCCACUCGCCCCUGGCCCGCCAGCAGCACUCCGUCUCCGCCGUCAGUGUCGGGCACGCACCGGCGCUCUAUCAGGGUGCCUACCCGCUACCUGACCCUCGACAAUUCCACUGCAUCUCCGUGGACAGCACCUCUAGCCAGCUGCCCAGCAGCAAGCGGAUGCGCACCGCCUUUACCAGCACUCAGCUCCUGGAGCUGGAGAGAGAGUUCGCCUCUAACAUGUACCUCUCCCGGCUGCGGCGAAUCGAGAUCGCCACCUACCUGAACCUCUCCGAGAAGCAGGUGAAGAUCUGGUUCCAGAACCGACGUGUCAAGCACAAGAAAGAAGGCAAAAGCAGCUCCCACCGGGGCGGGGGGGGCGGCCACAGCUGCAAAUGUUCUUCCCUUUCCACCACCAAGUGCUCGGAAGACGAUGAGGACUUGCGCAUGUCUCCGUCCUCCUCGGGCAAGGACGACAGAGGUCUCGCAGUCACCCCCUAGCACUCCACAUGAGCACCUCGGCUCCUCAGGAACUGUGGGGAGAGCAGAAAAGGGAGUCCUGCCUGCCCUGGUGCUGACAUGCAGCCGAAGGAUUUUAUAUCGUUUUGUAUAAUUUGUGUAAUUUACGAAGGACUUUCUCGCCUUUCUAGACCCCCAUGGGGACGGGUGUCCGUACGCCCUCUUGUAAAUAAACUGCUCCUUAGGACCUCAGGCAUCCCCCAGUAGUGCUGUCUGACUUGUGUCCCCGCAGGAACAGCCCCAAGCCAGGGAGGCUCCACACAGACCUUUCCGGGCACCCAGGCAGGCGCGGAAGCCGUGUGGCUGUGGGCAGUGCGGGCUUCUGCAGGGAUGCUAUCGCGGGGCUCCAUCAGACGAUGCACGAAAGCGGGCGAACUGGGAGGGUGGGCAGUUGUUUGGUUGCUACAAUUUUCUUUCUUUCGUUUUUGAUGUUGUUUGGUUGGUUGGGUUUGUUUUUGGUUUUUUCUUUCCAAAAUUGGUCUCAGUUUUGUUUUGACUUCCUCGCUGCCGGGCGCGCAACUGUGGUGGUAUCAUUCGGUCCCCUUCCCUCCUCCCCGGGAGAUAUUUAUUUAUUUAUUUAUGUGCAGAGAAACUACGAUGGAGGUCAUAAUAACUAUGAUGAUAACAAUAAAAGC